GUCGCACGCCGCCGCCGCCUGGUCAAAUUAGCGUGCUUGAUCUUGUGUGUUUCCUGUGAAGCCUGUCAGUCAGACAUCUUGAGAUUAGCCAUGAGGCAUGAUGUCAUGAGGAUCGCCCUUCACAUUGCAUCACUGAGUGUCUAUAUUUGUGCCGAGAUUUCUCCUCAAUUUGGUAGCACUUAACCUGCACAGAAAACCCGCACUGCAGCAGCAGCAUUUUCUCUCUGUUCCCUCCAAAUGUGCUUCCUCCCCUCCAUCACUACAUUUCCACCUCUCUAUUACCCAACAUCCUCGUCUUCUGCUCUUUUGCAUUCAUAUAAGCAGAAAGAAUCCUCGCCUCUUUGCCCUUCUGGUGCACAGCAAAAGCAUCAGUAUUCAUCUUUGCGUCUGUGUGUGGGAAAAAAAAAGAAUCAGACCAGCGGGGAGGAGGGGGAGUGAAAGCAUUGCGUCAUGGGGGUGUGUUUGAGCAGGAGGAGGAUGAGCCGGUUAUCAGUCAGUGACGCCAGUCGCACACGUGUGUCGGCGGGGAGGACGUUAGGCAGCGGUAACCUGUCUGAGAGGAAGCUGCAGCUCCCCUCUGCUGACCGUGCAUGAGCUGCAACCAGAGCGGCUGGUGAAUAAUGCAGACGGGGGAAGCUGGUUUGAGUAACAUGCACCAAGCCGGUUUAAUAAUGCAUCGCGCCGGUCACCAGCUCUGCAUUAGUUAGUCUCUCUGGAACCUGUAGCUGCUCUCCACCUGCCUUUCCGUCUGACUGCUGGACUCCCGAUUCACUCAGAAGAUGUCUCACUACCAUUUUAUCAAAUGUUGUUGUUUCCAGCUAUGUAACGUCUUCCGCCAGAACAUGGAGAUAGACCAGUGUCUGCUGGAGUCUCUCCCCACAGGCCAGCGCCAGCGGCUGGUCAGACGGAUGCGCUGCGACCAAAUCAGAGCGUACUACGAGAGAGAGAAGAGCCUCCAGAGGCAGCAGGCUGGAACCAAAGGUCGAGCUCCGGCCGCUCUCUGCAAGAGGAACAGAGUCCGCUUCAGCGCUGCUGACGUUUUACAGGACGCCAUCGUCCAUCAUGAUGGCAAAGAAGUGCUGAGGCUCCUGAAGGAGGGGGCAGACUUCAACACCUCUAUCUCCUCUGAGGGAUCCCUGCUCCACCUGUGCGCCCGCCACGACAAUGUGUUUGCAGCAGAGCUCCUGAUUGAGUGGGGCCUGAAUGUCAACCUGCAGGAUGAAGACCUUUGGACGGCUCUGCACGUUGCGUGUGCGUGUGACCAUGCAGACGCCAUGCUGCUGCUGUUGAUGGCCGGAGCCAACAUUCUGCUGCAGGACGUCAACGGAAACAUUCCUCUGGAUUAUGCCUUCGAGGGAACAGAGACCAGAUACAUCCUCCAAAAAUAUUUGGAAGAAAAUGGUGUAGAUGUGACUUCUUUGCACGCCAUGAAGACACAGAGGCCCAACACCAUGUUGGCUGAUGUGAAGCAGCUCGUAGCCUCAGGGGGGAGCUUGAACCUGCCCAAUGAGGAAGGGGUCACUUUGCUCCACAUUGCGUGUGCCAGCGGUUACCGGGACGUGGUGUCUGCGCUGCUGAAGAACGGAGCGGAUCCUCAUCCUGCUGACGGCAACUUUUGGACCCCCCUCCAUUUGGCGGCCAGAUUUGGACAGACAAGCAUCGUUAACCAGCUGGUGAAGCACGGAGCCGACCCAACUUUACUGAACUGCAACCAAGACAAACCAUCCGAUGUAGCAGUGUCCGAACACAUAGCAACCAUCCUGCUGGACGCUGAGGAGAGCUGGCUGCAGAAGCUGAAUGACCCAUCGGCCCCGGCGCCUCGCAUCGACCACAGCUACGAUGGCGGGUCUUACGACAUCGACACCCCCCUCAAAAGCCUGAACCCUCUGGGUGUCUCCAUUUCGAGGCGGGACAGUUUUCUGGAGAAGUGCACCAUGUUCAGAGAGGCGGGGGGUGGCAUGAGCAGACAGCCCUCUCUGGAUAAUGGCCUGGAUGGCCCCUUCACCUCUGGACCCAGUAAACUGGAGCAGGUCAAGCUGAUGCCUCCAGCUCCAAACGAUGACCUGGCAUCUCUCAGUGAGCUGACGGACAGCAGUCUACUCUACGAGAUGCAGAAACGCUUCAGCAAUGACCAAAUCUACACUUACAUCGGACACAUCCUCCUUCUAAUCAAUCCAAACAAAGAGCUGCCCAUCUAUUCCACUCUGGUGAGUCAGCUGUACCUGAGCUCCACGGGGCGUCUCUGCUCCUCUCUGCCUCCUCAUAUCUUCUCCUCAGCAGAGAGAGCGUUCCACAUGAUGCUGCAGGAGAGGCGGCCGCAGUGUUUCAUCCUGAGCGGCGAGAGCGGAUCUGGGAAAAGCGAAGCUUGUAAGCACAUCGUGAGACACCUCACCGCCCGCUCCUGCUCCAAAGGCUUCAUGCUGGAGCCCCGAAUGAAGCAUGUGAAUUGCAUCCUGGAAGCCUUUGGUCACGCCAAAACUCCCAGGAACGACAACUCAAGUCGCUUCAUCAAGCUGCUGAGCGUCCAGUACUGUGAGAAGAGGAAGACCAUGCUCAGCGCUCAAGUCUGCACCUACAUGCUGGAGAAGUCCCGCCUGGUCCAUCUUCCCCCCCAGCAACACAACUUCAGGAUCUUCUACCUGAUGGCUGAAGGCCUUUCCCCUGAGGAGAAGAGCACGCUUUACCUCAACAACGUCCUGGCUCACAGGUAUCUCAGUGGAGGCGCUACAAACGAGGUCGUCCCGGUGGCUACAGCUUCAGCUCAGAGCAGAGAACAUCUGGCUGCUGUCAGGCAGUCCCUGCGAGCUCUGGGAUUCAACAAGCAGGAGGCGGAGUCUGUGUUCCUGCUGCUCUCUGCUGUCCUCCAUAUCGGAGACCUGAGCUUCACUGCACUGACAGAUGCUAACACAGCAUUCCCCUCUGACCUGCAGCUCCUGGAGAGAGUUGCUGCAUUGCUGCAAGUGUCGUCCAGCGAUUUAGGCUCCGCCCUCACCUCUGAUGUUCAGUACAUUAAAGGUAACUUGAUGACUCGACAUCACACAGUAGAGAUGUCAGAGCAGUACAGAGACCUGCUUGCUAAAACCAUCUACGGGCGACUCUUCAGCUAUCUGGUCAACUGUAUCAACGACUACCUGCACGGACACGACGACGGCCCGGGCAAUCCCUCCAUGGAAAUCGGAAUCUUAGACAUUUUUGGGUUUGAAGACUUUCAAAGGAAUGGAUUUGAGCAGCUGUGCGUGAACAUGACCAACGAGCGGCUGAGGCAGCACGUCUCCGAGGUGCUGUUCCAGCAGGAGCAGGCGGAGUGCAUUCAGGAGGGCAUUUCCAUGGAGAUGCCCCGCUCCCCCGGCAACCACCCCGCCGUCGUGGACUUCUUUCUGCAGAAGCCCCAGGGACUGCUGUGUGUGCUGGAUGAGGAGAGCCAGAGCUUACGGCCCGCCGAGCAGACCCUGUUCAAGAGGCUGUCGGCGCAGCUGGACGCCGCUCCUCAAUGCGGGCUCUCCAUCACCACCAAGGACGGGAACGGCAACCCCCCUCCAAAAGACCAGGGCCCCGCCUUCGUUGUCAGCCACUACGCGGCGCAGGUGUCAUAUGACCUGACGGGAUCGCUGGCGAAAAACAAGGACUCUCUUCCUCAGAAUCUGCUGUUUACAAUGAAGUCCAGCGAAAGCGUGUUACUGCAGCAGCUCUUCCAGUCCAAGCUGACUCACACCGGUUCUCUGGUGCCGUCAGCGCCGGGCCACUCGGACCUCCGAGGCCCUAAAGCUGCGAUGCUGCUCCACAAGAUGCCCCUCGCCUCCCUCAUCAGUACCACUGCAUCCGGCCCACAACACCCCUGGAGGUACCACGAUCUUUCAAAGAUUCUAAAGAAAAAAGGUUCGAGUUCUUUUGUGCAGCGGUUGGAGCGAUGUGGACCGAUCACGACGGCGGUGCAGCUCAGGAACUCCCUCUCAGAAGUGAUGAGUAAACUACAGUCUUGCACUCCUCAUUUUGUGGAGUGCGUGCGCCCCAAUUCCAGCGGCCAGUCAGACAACUUUGACAGCUUCCACGUGUCGACCCAGCUGCAGUACAUCGGUGUGCUGGACAUGGUGCGCAUGAUCCGUUAUGGAUACCCCGUCCGCCUGUCCUUUCCAGCCUUCCUCAGCAGAUACAGAGAUCUCGCCGUCCUGACUUUGGGAGAUAAAAAGAAGCUGUCGGCCGAGGAUAGAUGUCGAUGUGUUCUGCAGCAGUCAAAACUCCAAGGAUGGCAGAUUGGCACCAGCAAAGUGUUUCUGAGAUACUGGCAGGCAGACCAGCUCAAUGACCGCUGCUACCAGUUUCAUAAAAAGAUCAUCACCUGUCAGAAGGUGAUCCGAGGCUGGCUGGCCAGACAGCGGGUUCGGCGCAAGCUGUCACUUCACCACAAAGAGGAGUGCAGUGUGCAGCGCUUCCUGCAGGGAGCAGAAGACAUGGGCCUGCAAACGUACGACCAGCUUGUCAUCCAAAAUGCAUCUGACAUUGCACGAGAGAGCGACCGUCUGCGCAGCCAUGGCAGAAGCACGGUUAGCAUGGCUGGCAGCAGCCCACCACUCGGUGAGAGGCCGGAGCCGGUGGGCAAGGAGGAGGACCAGCCAGUCAGGAGAAUGGUUGAGAAGAGUGGAAAAAUCCACGAGGGCCACACCAACACAGGAGGUCGACUUAUUCGCCACUUCCGCUCGAGCUCUGUGCCCACCCCCCUCGCCCUGGACAACAUGGUCCAUUUCUCCGCCAGCCCACCCAUCAAACCUGCCUUGCAGCAAGUGGCCCAAAGCAGCGACGAUGGAGCAGCCAACAUUAAUCUCUCCUCUCCUCGAAAGCAGCCUCCUCCCAAACCAAAGAGGGACCCCAACACACGUCUGAGCGCGUCUUAUGAAGCAGUCAGUGCUGGGUUGACAUUGGCCGCCAAGGAGAGCUCUACCCCUGAGGGGUAUGCCUCACCAUCUGGAAGUCCUCCUAAAUCCCAGCUAUCUCCCACUGACCCAGCAGCUUCGAAGCCCCGUCCUCAUAGUGAUGACUACACAACAAUGCGGAAAGUACCGCCACCUAAACCCAAGCGCAGCCCUAACACAAAACUGUCAGGCUCAUACGAGGAGAUUAACGCCGUCGCAUCCCAACUCCACCAGCUGCGCCCCGCUGAUGUAAAGCUGGCCCUGCUUUCCCGUGGCGGAGGAUUUGGAGGCUUGAUGCAGAGAGCCGCCUCUCUGGAUGCUCCUCAAGGAGUGGGUUUAAGCCUAUACAAGAACCAUGAUGAGGAGGACAUUUAUAUAGAAAUGAUGGGAUCUCGUAGUCUUCAGGAGCCCCCUGACAGCCCAGAGCUGGCAGACUCGGAGGCCGUGUAUGAAGAGAUGAAGUAUCUUCCUGCAGAAGAAAGUGGAACAGCUGCCCUUACCAAAGCAGCCAGACUUGAGGCUUUAACUUUGGGUUUGGUGGGGCUGGGAACAUCUCCUCACAGAGCAGAGACCAAACGAACUGUAGUUGGUGGGACUUCUUUAGGGGACGUGGCUCAGAGCACAUCUAAUGGUGGAGCUUCCAAAAGUCAACCUGGCAAAGAGGGCAACUGUGAAAUUCCUGCCCCUUUCCCCAACUUGCUUCCUCACCGCCCACCUCUCCUGGUGUUUCCACCCUCUCCGGUCACUUGUUCUCCGGCCUCAGAUGAGUCCCCGCUCACCCCGUUGGAGGUCAAAAAGCUGCCAGUGUUUGAGACGAGCCUGAACUAUGCCACUGGCCCAGACAGCCCCCUGUCCCCGCAGUUCAUCCGGCAGAGAGCCGACUCGUCUCCAAGCCUCACUGUCCUAAUGCCAGAAAAGAAGUCUACACCUCCACUCACUCCUCCACCACAACCUCCUCCUCCGAGCGCCCCACCCCCUCCGUACAGACCUCCCUCCCACUUCCCCUUCCCACCUGAAGCCAGCUUCCUUGCACAGAAUCGAGCGGCAUCGAUCCCCAGCUGCUCGGAUUCCCCCAAAGCCUCCUCACAAAGGCCAUGCGUGGAGCCCCUGGGGAAGCCACCCCCCUAUUCUCCCGUGAAGGUGUCUCGACCUGAGCCGAGAAGAGCCCACUCCUGCUCCUCCUCUCCCCUUCUGUUUAACCCCGCCAAUGGGAGACCCCUAACCAGCCCCCUGGAUGAACUCAACACUCUCUUCAGCUCUGGACGCAGCCUACUGAGAAAAUCCACAUCUGGACGCAAAUCCAGAGACGGAGGUUUCAACUCUAAUAUCAAUCUGCCAGGAAGGGAAGACUGUGGCUCUGCACCCACCUCCCCAUCUUUGCUGCAGGACAAGAAUGCCAACAACCACUCUCUCCACUCCCCAAGCCCCGUCACCAUCGAAAAUGGCAAUCAGAUCUCAAACGGAUCACUGGAGGAUGAGAGUCACAGCAAGUCAAACUCCAGCUCUUCUCUGCACCGACACAUGGACAGCCACCACACUCAGCAGGUGUUCCAGAGGCUACGUCUGUCCAACGGAGAUGAGAGCGCCGCCUUGAGGGAGCUUCUGAACUGGCGGCGGGCGCAGUGUGAGGGGCGGACUGACUGGAGGCGCCGGGCGUCUCAGUCCCCACCUCUGCCCCCCACACUCCUCUGGACCAACAGGAAGGCCUCUCCGUGACCGAGGUCGUGUUCUACCCCCUCCUUUCGUCCUCAGCCAAACUUGCACUUGCUCUUAAUGUUUUUUUUGUUUGUUUUGACUUUGUUUUAUUGAAAUUUGGGCCAGUGACUUCAGCUCCUAUGGACAAUGCUGCAGCUUCAAGCCCAAAAGAAUCGGAAGAGGCUCCAACCUCUUCCUCUUUGCACUUGAUUGUGGAGGAAACCCAUCAGAAACGACAGAAACCCAAUGUGUAGUUUUGAUACGACAGUGUGGCAUUUAAUUACUUUAAAAAUCGAGCUAUAUAUCCAACUUCUGUCCGUUCACGGGGCAGAAAUGCGCCCUUACUCCACUAUCAUAUCAUGUUUACAGAUCAGCUGUUUUACUCCGUUUUUAUGUUGGUUUUUAAAUCUAAUUAAAUGCCAAAUGUGAAUGAGGUGUGUGUGAAAAAAAACAAAAAAACAGCUUCCUCCUGUAAUGUUUCGUUUGGAUCAAGUACUGUAUUAACAAAUGGAAGAUGAAGAAUCCCACCCAUGCAUUUAUUUAAUUAAUAGGUUUAUGGGAUUUUGAGUUGAAGAGCAAUACAGCUGCAUUAUGUAUGGCUGAUGAUGAAUCCUUUUCUUCUGUGUGUCAUGAUGCUCUGCUGCUCUCAAGAUGUGGUGCUGAAAAUACUCCACGUGCCGUCCUGUGAUGUCUCCACGAGUUUUAAGCGUGUGCGCAGGAUUGACCUGAUGUUUACAACCAAAGCCUUGAAAAACCUUCAGGUUCUUACGGAAUUCACACCGGACGCGAUUCAAGUUUCAAUGUUAAGUCGAUGUGUAGCUGUGAGGUCCUGCGGCACAAUUUGGGCGCGUCAUCCAAUCGGGGACUCGAUCAAAGGGUAGAAAUAAAGAUUCAAAAUGGCCGUGAGCUUUUAUCCAUCUUUUUAACCCUUUAACAUUGGUGCUCCAGUGUUUAUGUUCUUUGAUUCCAGUAGAUUUUGAAGGAGAAAAGCCUCUUUUCUACUUCAAAAUCUACUGGAAUUAUCGUGUCAACGGUUAAAACGUUACAUUACGGUAAAGAUUUUGUGUUAAAGGGUUAACUCGCUAGGGCUACAGGAGACUGUACUAGUUACUGUUGGGCAAAAGCAGGAGACACCCUAGUCACGUCGCCAGCCACUCAUAGAGUCCGUGGAGCUGACUACGGACUCUACGCUACGCUAGCUAGUCUCUUGGGCCCAAUCUGAAAUUUUCCCUUCUCCCUUCCCCUUCAGUUAGCCCUCCAAACGGAGAGUUACGAAAAAAAUAGUGUCUCAUAUUUUAGACGUCACUUUCAUUCAAUGACGUCACCAUUAAUUGCCGCUCCGCUAGCGUUAGCGCAGCGCUUCCAGCGCUCAAAUAUACAUAAAAAUAGUAGUUUUAUAACUUUAAAAAGGUCACGCUACAACAAAAAGUCAUUACUUACAUUUCCAACCCAACUACUGACCCAGCUACCGACCCAGUUACCUACCCAACUACUGACCCAGCUACCAACCCAGCUACCUACCCUGUGCAGCGGAGCUCGCUAUGCUAGCCCACAGUCGAUUGGCUGCCCGGCAGAUGGAGAGCCAGGUGCCAUCACAGCAGGCACAAUUACUCUAUAGCCCAAACUACGGCCCACGAGCCGGAUCCGGCCCUCCUCCACAUUUGGCCCGGCCUACCCGAAUACUUUUUUUUAAAGAUCCAGACCUACAUAGAAUGUGACUUUUUAUUCCACCCUUCUACAGUUUAUAUAGUUAUUGAUAAUAAGUAAGAAGUGGCUCUAUAGCUUAUAGCUUCAUGGGCUUCUGAUGUUUUCAUUUUAAUGAAGACAAUAAGACCUUUCAUAUGAACGUUGAAGUCUCCCAUAGGAAAUGCCUUACCUUCACCCCUCACAAAAUCACGCCAGAGCCUUCACCGUCACCUCCUGAUACGUCUACCGCCAUAUUGCAACCGAUUGCCGCCCAUCGACAGCGAUUAGUUCGAGUCGGUCUGAGUCACUUUUUUAGAGGAACUUCUUUGGCCAAUCAUGACUGAGCUUGAUCUGGCUUGCUCAAAGUCCACACCCCUCCCACUGGAAGCGGCUCAGGGAAACGUUCAAGAACCACAUGCUUUUACUGAGGCAUCCGAUUGGUCAGUUCAUACCUUGAAUAACUGUAUAUAAAGAAAAAAUAUGGGAUUAUAAUGAACGUGUUAAGAGCAUCAGAGCAGGAAUGACAGAAAUAAUUUGAAUCGUGUCCGGUGUGAACGCAGCAGAAGUGCUGAUGCCGACGUGGCAAAGAGGGAUCAGGGGUCAAGGUGACCUCACCAUCAUCUCAAGGUGCGUUUCCUCUGGUGUUUUUCCACCAGCCGAUGAGGAACAACAAGUCCCUGUGGCCAAUUUACAAACCGGUGCACUCAUCUUUAAGAAAACUUCAACAAACGUGUGAAGUUGAGAAAGCAGAGCAUUAGCAGUGUGUAAACAUGAAACUCUGUGCCAAAGUGACAAAACAUGAACAGAUUCAGACAUAAGAGUUGAUGCUGAAGUGUGGGACAUAAAAAGACCAAAUCGUUGACUUGACCACAAAUCAGCGGCAAGUUCUAUGGACACCCAACCAGUUAAGACGGCAGAAAGACUGUCCAAAACAGAAACCUCAUUGUCCUUUGUCAAUAGCUGGUCAGGUUUGUGUGUUUGUCGUCGUUCAGGAGAUCUCACACAGUCGGACUUGAACACUGUACAGAUCCUUCCACUGUGGUCUCUUCCUUCUUUUAACCCUCCAAGCAGACCUUCUGAUAGAUUCCCUCAUUGGUGGAGGAAACCCCUAGAGUUGGUUUCCAAUGGUAACCACAAUGUAAAUAGUGACUGAUAUGUGAAAGUCUGCAUUUAUUAUCCAAGAAAAGCACAGAAGAUUGAACAUAAAGGAAGAAUUAAGAUGAUGCUGUCUAUAACUGAAUUUUAAGAAUGUUUUGGGUUCGAUGCAAUGACUAAAGUAACAAAAAAGACGUUUAUUUUAAAAUGUGAAAAUGUUUGUUUUUAUUUAGAGUGACAUGCGUAUGGAAUUCUUGCUCUAUUUAAUAUUUUUUGUUAAUUCUCCUCUCAAUCCUGUCGUUUUGUUUCCUCUGAUGCAAGCCCGGUGUUUUCAGUGUGUUUUAUUGCACAGCGUUUAUGUGUUGUUGACCUCAGUAGUUGUGUCUCUGCAAACUGACCUGGGAAGAUUGUCGAUAUCAGUAGCCCCAACCGAUUCCUCAUUUCUCCAAAUCUUACCGAUUGAUUGAACUUUACAAAUUACAAGUUGUUGUCUGCAUGUGAAGGUGCACAAACACACGUUCAUAUCAGAGAUGCUGCAGCAUUUUUGAGGGACUUGAUGCAAGCUUUAAUUUUAUGUGCAUUGCUAAAAUCUUUUUGUAGCGUAUUAUUGAGUCAUGCUUUUGUAUCUAAAACUGCAUAAUGUGAAUAAUGUCUUCAGAAGAUAUAUAUAUAUAUAUGCACUUCAUUUUUUCAAACUACAGAACAUGUCUGAGAUUCAUGUCUUGUUUCUACGACGACAACUGCAUUGUCUGUGACUGAGAAUCAAGUUCAAGGACUUAAGCCUUUAGGUUUGGUAUCAGUACUUCCAUUGAAGCUAAAAAAAAACUACGUCCAAACUUAUCUGGCACAUCAGUUGUGUUUACCAAGCAAAUGUUGGAUUUCAAAGACUUUUUUUGCAAACAUAAAACUAUUGAUCAAAGACUAGUUAGUUAGGCUGCUUUUGGACAUUUGAUUAAAGGGUAACCAAACAUUAACUUUUUGUGACCUCUAGAAAUGGGGCUUUAAAAGUCUGUUGGUCCUUAUAAAUUAAAAUAAACCUGUUGAAUCCAUUAAAUAUAGUCAAAAACCGUCUGUGUGCUGCCCCCUAUAGGUUGACGCGAGGGAUUACAGUUGAAUUUUGUGAUUGGUCAACUGCUGUAAGUCCCAGAAGUUUGACGUCAUCAUGAUCUGCAGCUCCAGUAUAAAAGCCCCGCCCAUCUUUGAUUAUGUAACGGUGGGUCGUUAGCUUUAGCGUGUCUCGUUGGGGUUUUGCCUUCAGUUGUCAAAUCUACGGGCUUUCCAGUGGACUUGGAAGGAAGAGAGGUUGAGAGCAAUUGGGUUUGAAUUCAGAAAACUCCAUCCUGGUGAUGGAUUUGCAAUAAACAUUUCACUCGGGAUUGUUUGCGGUAAUACGUUAGCCUUUAUUAGCUAUGAUGCUAGCGGCAUUUUACCACUCUCAGACAUGGGUCCCCUUCGGACCUGCAGACCCUCAGAUGUGCUGGCAGCCCUGCUGUCAGGCAUUGAAAAGCAACGCCUUGAGUAUCUUUUAGUAAAUAUUAUUAUUUAUAUUAUUGCUGAGCCAGCGGCCCCGGUUCUGAACCGGGUAAAAAAUCCUCAACCUCCUCCGAAGGUUCUGUGCUGAACUCCAUAUUGAAGGCCCGACCCGUGUCACAUUAAGCUAAGCUAACUGUCAAUCACAGAUCCAAGCCACACCUCUGCCUCCACUAGCCCCGCCCCCUUUUUUGGGGGCAUUUUUUAAAUCUGGGCUGAGAAUGGAGUCAGCCUCCAACUGCCCUGUUUGGUUACCCUUUAAACAUUGCUCUGGUCAACCAUAGUUAGUGGUGUAACGAUUCAUUUUAGCAAUCCUACUCAUAAUUUGUGGUUGCCGAUCCGAUUCAUCGUCAAUAUUGGUUCAUUGAGAACAAUCCAGUUUGACCUAAAAAUCCAUUUUUAGCCAAAAAUUCAACCAGUGAGACUCAGAGAUAAAUACCUGGUACUGAACAGUUUUCCAGAUUUCUGGUAUUUCUGGUUUACAGAAUCCACUGAUUUACGUAGAUCAUGGCGCAAAUACUUCACUACUACUACUAAAGAGUUUCAUAUCAUUGUAAGGCUACUGUUCUACGAUUGCGUUGAUUGCGUCAACAGUUGAAGAGUUACGGUAGUUAAAAAAAAAAUCUUAAGCUAAAGCUCCGCUGUUAAAGGGUUAAGUAGCAAAUCCUUCAAAGUACACAACAGGACAAAACACAAAAACAUGUACUGGACAAUUUAGUAUAUUUCUCAUGACAAGCAGUUAUAGGUAUCAAUAAAACCUUCUCAGUAAAUGGAAAACGGGCAAUAAACUGUAAGCCUGAUUCUUUAUUUUACUUUUAUCGAUGAAUGAAAAGUAAAAAAAUAAUAAUAAUAAUUAAGUCCAAACCAAUAAAAUAAAAAAAAAUGUUUAAAAAAAAUUGAACAUAUUGUGAAAUACAUUUAAAUAUCUGCCUUACAGUUGGUUAACUUUUUCCCUUCUAAUAAAAAGUUGCAUUUUAUUGAGAUCUUGUCAGUCUUGCAUUUUGAAACAGACUUCCCAAAGGUCAUGAAACGAGGACGUACCGAUGCUUUCUACCCUGCAUGGAUCAAUAUGACGAGCCUCCACAUCAUAUUCUCAUGUUCCUAUUUAAAUAUAUAAUGUGAAGGACUGCUUCCCACCACUCUGUCAAUGACUGCUCCCCUCCUCUGUAUCCUGUCAACGCUCAUCAAGCACUUGAAGCAUCAGCAUCACCACAGACGAACCUCAGUGGAGAAACACUGUGUGUCACAGCCAUGCCGCACAGUCCCACCAAUGUCUGCAGUUUAUUUUCUCUGUCAGAAAUAACUUCUCUCUGCUCUGAGAUCAGCUUUCUGGUGCUAAAGUCGCUGUAAAAAAACUAAAAUAUCCAUUCUGUUGUCCCUGGUCUAUUUAUUUAUUAUUUUGUUCAGAAAUGCACCUGAAAAAGAGGCAUCUCACUGCCUUUCAUAGUGGAGUUUUUUUUUUUUUUUUUUUAUUGUCAUUUUUUUAUUUGAAAUGAAACUAUAUUUUAAUCUGCAUAUGUAUGUGUUUGUGCAAAGGAAAUCGAUUGUGAUAUUUCAGAAUUAAUAUGUUCCUAAUAUUUUAUAAUUCCGUAUCUGUUCAGCAAUAAAGCAAAGUUGCGCCAA